AUCAUCCUUGUGCAACAGAAUCCCAUCGUCGGACGCGCGAGCAAAAGUACGGGAGCUUUGCGAAGGAUGUCUCCCCAGCCUAUAGGCGGCUGAUCUAUCUUUUUAGCUUCUUUCGUAUCCCCGCACAAGCGCACAGUCCUGCGCCCGCCUUGCCCCAAUCCUCGGUUUGACUAGGCACAUAAAACAGCGAACCCCGAUAAAUUGGAACCAGGAUUGCAGUUAAAGGGACCCCGAAGGCUGUCAAACCCGCAAGCUCUGGGCCUCGACAAGGACUUCCAAGAGACUAGUUCCGGAAGAGGGGACACAGGCUUCAUUGGUCAAUCGGGUCAUCCUUGUUAGUGCAACUCGUCGCACCUCCACGGCACCAUAGCCGUAUUUAAGAGGCCAGUCACUGCCAGAAAUAAGUUGUCUGUGAAACUAAAAAGUGCUUGGGUUGCCCUUGGAACGCUGCUCUCUCCCAGACACAGAAAAUCAAUCGGGUUUUGGAUGUUGGAAGAGUCUAUGUUGUUCAUGCAGAGAACCUCAGCAUUCAACUCUCACCAACUCCCGCUCAACCCGAACAGAAGCCACCUAUCCCACAAUGUAACGAAUCAUCCCGAAUUCGACAGGGAUCUCACUGCUCCUAAGCGUUCGGAGCCGACCCCUUUGCCCUCUCCCAGCCUCGAAUCUCCGACCACCUCUUGUACCAACGAAAGCUUCUCGCGACUCACCAUUACGCCACAGAACGAUGGACCUGGACAUCCCAGCUUCCGGCUAUCAGAGCCAGUCCCGAACCUCGUCAGAUCCCAGGAACAGCACCGCGAAUUCCGGAAAAGCUUUACCGCCCACAGUUAUGUGGGCACCUCCUCCUCCUCCUCGAGCCCAUCCCUCACUUUCGGCUUCCAGAUGAUUUCUUCUCCAGAUUCGGAUGAUGUAGUUCCAAAAGUCGAGGAGAUUGAUGAUGACGAGGCCCUCGCAAUAGAACUGGGAAAGGCACCCACGAACAGCCAAGUUCAAGCGGACACGGCUGAUACAAAGAGCGAAUGCGCGCCACCAGCACCGAUUAUCGGACCAAGAAAACGUGGAAGACCUCGGAAACACCCGCUUCCCGUACCCGGUCAGGCCAAAGUUACCAAGGGAAGGUCAAAAACCGGCUGCAUCACCUGUCGACGGAGGAAGAAGAAAUGCGACGAGACCAAACCAUCGUGUCUGAACUGUCAGAAGAAUUCGGUGGUGUGCGAAGGAUAUCCCGUCAAAGAAAUAUGGAAAAGCGGGAAACAAAAGAUGGAAGAAGCUGCGCGCCGAAGCUCCAUGGCUCUCGUCUCACGCAGUCUUCCCAUUCUGAUCGACGGCAUCGAAACUGAAGUCGACAGGCAGUUUCUGGAUCACUUCGUAUAUGAAUUCAGUCGAGUGCUUACAUUGAUCAACGAUGAUUCAAACCCUUUCAAGGAAAUCCUAUUACCGAUGGCCACGCAGCACACCGGGUUGAUGCAUUCUUUGAUGUGUCUUGCCGGAUCCCAUCUCUCAACACGAAACCCGGAACCUCGUUUCAAAGAACGUAAGCAUUACCAUUUUGACCGUGCCAUCACCGACCUGCGGAAUACAAUCGCUGCCCGGUCUUCCAGAAGCGACAAUGAUGAUGCAGAAUUCCUCGUUGAGGAUCCGAUGAUCGCAUCAACAAUCGCACUGUGUCUAAAUACAAUCUGUGAAGGAGAAACCAAAGGCGAAUAUAGGACUCACAUGGAUGCCGCUAGAUAUCUACUUGUUACCCAAAGACCAAAAAACGAGAAGUUCAGACAGUUUAUCGUCGAGUUCUUCCAGUACCACGACGUUUCUAGCUCGUUGACCACGCUAGAUCGCCGCCCUAUCUGUCUCACGGGAGACCUUCGUCUACCGGAUUUUAUUCCCCAUGCUCAAGCCGGUGCUCUGUUGGGUAUAUUCGACGGUCUGUUCCUCUAUAUCUCCGAGAUCACCGUGCUUCGGGACAGAAUCCGGCAGCGUAUCAACGCAGGACUUGACCCUGCGGUAGACUACCGGACGCUCAGUGAAGCGGUCGCGAUUGACUCUCGGAUUCGAGCUUGGGAGCCGACGUAUCCUCCCGAACAUCAAAACUGGUUUGCGGCCCAGCUGUACCGCCAAUCGACAUGGGUCUAUCUUUAUCGUACCAUUCGGCCCUCGCGACCAAACGACAAAAUCUCCCAAGUAGUAGAUGACGGGUUAUUUUUCCUCGAUCAGCUACCGAUAAAUGCUGGAGCUUAUAGCAUGCUCUUGAUGCCGUUAUUCCUCCUCGGUUGCUCUGCCUUUGAAACCCAUCAGCGAGACCGCGUCAGAAGAGGUUUCGACAGUCUUCAGGCCUAUUCCAGCCUACGAAACAUUGAACCCGCACUGCGUAUCGUGGAGAGGGUAUGGGAUAUCAUGGACACUGACCCUGAUCAGAGCUGGGAUUGGGAGAAGAUCAUCGACGACAUGCAAAUGGAUUUUUUAAUUACAUAACGACAGGUUUGCCUCAACCCCCUUGAUUUCUCGCAAGAUCAAGUUCCCAAACAUCGCAUUUAUGGUUCUUAUCAUUAUAACGGCCGCUUUCUAUCUUUCAUUUGGAAGUUAUUCACAGGUAAUUUCAGCGGCUUUAGUCUUUUCAAGCAUAUAGGGGAGUUGGGCGUACCAAGCAGAAAACAUCCUUCUUCCCCAAAAUUCCAUAUUUUCUCUUUAUACCCGAUUGUAUCAGUCCAUUCGUUUUCAUAUUUUUUUUUUUAUUAUUAUUUUUUUUUUUCCCCCCCUUUUUGCUUACUACCUACGAACGGCCUGUUUCCUCUCGCUACUAACCUUCGCAUAAUCCUAUGUUACAUUUAUAUUCCUUGUUGCAGGUUGAUGUUAAUCAGGGGGGCCAGUCCAUUCCUCAAGUGCCAAUACGGAGUUGCUGGUGACACCGGAAAACAUCCCAGGGUGGGUGGUGGUUUUGUAUUCUUUUGUUUUCAGUUUUUUCUUUGGGAUUCCAGGUGGCUUGGAAAAAAAAAAAGCCCCCCAACUUCGUCGAAUUUUCCUUUUAACAUACAGCAGUUUUCACUACAACAUCUAUUUUCGGAUUUUUCUGUCUCUGUCGCCAACACAUAUACCCCUCUUUUUGUUUUUGAGCUAUGUUUCUCUUGUUUUUGUGGAAUUGAAGUCGGCAGAUGCACUACUAUUGUACAUGCCUUUUCUGUGGCCUUCAGGGAGCACUGAAUAUAUGGAAGAUUUUGGUUUUCACCAGAAGCUCGCUUGCGAUAUCAAAGUAAGUCUCAACGCACCGGGAAUGAGACCCUUGUCAUUAUCAACCCUCCACUCCCCUCGUCUAUAGAUGUCCCGCGUUAAAAUGCCCCUUGCAUCAUUGUUCCGGGACCACGCAAGGGGUUAAGUCUGAGCGAAUGCAGGUCGACAAAUUCAUUUGGGAAAGCCUAGGUUCCGAAGACCCCAAUGAAUAGGCCAACAAGGAGAGGGCAUCAGCUAUUGAGGUUGCCGGCGAUAACGAUUGGCUAUCUGCAUUGUAUAACCGCCCAACUAUUAUAAUAGAAGGAAUAACGAAGGUGUUAUACCAGUCCCCCACAUAUGUACACCCUUAAAAAUUCGAUACCAGGAAGUUUAACCGGUUGGCAGGCCUAAAGAAGGCCCUGAGAUGAAAUUUGGGAAAGUGAUGAAAAAAGAGUGGGAUUCACCAACGGUCUCGCCCAGCCUAUGUAAAUCAGCACAAAAAACGCCGGGGAAUAUGAAGAAUGGCCGAGACAUGGGUUUGUGCUGCUGAGUGUCCGUUUUAACAGACCACCUGGGCAAGAGGCCGAUCACUUCACCAAGGGGUGGUUCUACUUCAGUUAGUUAAUUAAUCCCUAACAAGUUUCAGGGACACGGGAAAAAAGGUUCUUGCGAAUUCCGUUGCCGGCUUGGCACUUCCAUGUCCAACAAACAUACAUCCAGGCGACAAACGAGCGCAGACGCAAUGUUGAAACGCCGCCUUCUUACGGAGUACUGCUACAGAAUAUGCAGUCUGAUUCCCGAUGUGCGUUACGACGUGCAGUACUAUUAUUUCUGGAUUCUAAUGUCCAUAUUGCUAGAAAUAUGGAUUAUGUUUGACCACCCCCAGAAAGAGUGGUGAUUUCUGUCCGGAUUCACCCAACUGGGGAAGCGUUAAUGCUUCGUGAGCUUCUUUAUGUGAUACAUAGUUUCCGCUACUGAUAUAGGUAUCACCGCCUGAGCUGUUCCGCAGUAUGUAGGGACUUCAGCUGCCUCCUGUUUGUGCAACCGGGUGUUCGAGUGUCCAUUCUGGCUAAAGAACCAUUGCCAGAAUUUCUUUCAGUUUCCUAUACGCUAUGUAUGCUGUCCUGUCGACGUAGUCCCUGUGCUUCAACUCAGA